AUGGAGGCCACGGCUCUCAGCCUUGGAAAGUCCGUGCUGGAUGGAGCGCUUGGUUACGCCAAAUCCGCUCUGGCGGAGGAGGUGGCUCUGCAACUUGGAGUCCGGCGUGACCAGGUCUUCAUCACCAAUGAGCUCGAGAUGAUGCAGGCUUUCCUCAUGACUGCCCAUGACGAGAGAUAUGAUGACGACAGGGUUGUCAAAGUGUGGGUGAAACAAGUCCGCGAUGUGGCCUAUGAUGUCGAGGACACCCUUCAAGAAUUUGCUGUUCGCCUUGAGAAGCAGUCCUGGUGGCGUAUCCGUCGCACACUGCUGGAUCGGCGCCGCGUGGCCAAGCAGAUGAAGGAGCUCAGAGCCAAUGUUGAGGAUGUUAGCCAGAGGAACAUGCGCUACCACCUCGUCAGAUCCAAGCCAGUGUUAACAGCUGCUGAGCAAUCUGCCAUCGCUUCUGCAACAUUGUUUGGCAUCGAUGGAGCGAGGAAUGCCACCAAAUACAAGAAAUCAAACGUGGAUCUUGCCCAGCUGCUCAUGCUCAACAAAGAUGAGAAUACUGACCUAGGGGUGAUAGCGGUGUGGGGAACAAGUGCUGAUCUUGGGCAGACGUCCAUCAUCAGGGUGGUCUACGAGAAUCCAGAUAUCAAAACCAAAUUCCCAUGUCGAGCUUGGGUCAGGCUGACACAUCCUUUCGAUUCAAAAGAUUUCAUUCAGAGUUUAGUGAAGCAAUUUUACACGGCUGUAGGGGCUACAGUCCUGUUUGGAAUGGAAAUGACAACACCAUUUGAACUAGCUGAGAAGUUUGAUUGGUAUGUGAAGAAGAAGAGAUACCUUAUUGUGCUUAAUGGCCUAUCCACUAUUGAAGAAUGGGAUUGGGUUAAAGGAUUCUUUCCGGACAACAAUCUGGGGAGCAGAAUCAUAGUCUCUACAACGCAAGUUGAAGUUGCAAGCUUAUGUGUAGGGCAAGAAAGCAUAGUUUCACAGCUCAACCAAUUGUCUGCUGAUCAAAACAUUUAUGCUUUCCACCAGAAGGUAAGUCAAGGUAGAACCGGGUUAACUACAUCGAACACAACUAGUACUGGUGUAGAUAACAACUCCACAUCGUCUGCUGUGGAGAGAUUACCUGAACAGUCUAAAGGUGAUGACGGAAAGCAUGAAGUGAAAAAUCGCAUCACUCGCAUCAAGACGAUGGUGGCUGCUUUGGAGGAAUCUCAUCUUGUUGGGCAGAAGAAAGAAAAAGGUGAAAUUACCAAACUGAUUUCAAAUCGAAUUACCCAAUUGCGGGUGAUCUCGGUGUGGGGAAUGGGUGGUCUUGGAAAAACCACUCUAGUCAAGGACAUAUACCAAAGUGAAGAAGUCAGUGGCAAGUUUGAGAAGCGUGCUUGGGUCACAGUCAUGCGUCCAUUCAAUCUUGAAGAGCUUCUUAGGAGCUUAGUUAUGCAAUUAGAUAGAGAAUCUUCUAGAAAGAUGGAAGUGGUGGGUUUGAUGGGCAACACAAUGAAGAAAUUCCUAUUGAUGUCACCUGCAGAGUUGAUCAAGGAGUUGGCCAGACUUCUAGAAGGAAAGAGGUACUUCAUUGUUGUUGAUGAUGUAUCAUCUACUAUGGAAUGGAAUAUGAUAGUGCCAAUUUUCCAUGAAGUGGAAAAUACAUGCUGCGUCAUAGUUACCACAAGGGAAGAGACUAUUGCUAAACAUUGUUCGGAGAAACAAGAAAAUAUAUACAUGCUCACCGGUCUGGAAUACAAGGAUGCACGUGACCUCUUCACUAAAAAGGUAUUUAAGCAGAAUAUGGAUUUGGAUAAGCAAUAUCCUGAGUUGGUUGAACAAGCAGAAAUGGUCCUGAGGAAGUGCAAUGGACUCCCCCUUGCAGUAGUCACCAUAGGUGGCUUCUUAGCAAACCAACCAAAAUCUGCUUUGGAGUGGAGGAAACUAAAUGAGCAUAUCAGCGCCGAGUUGGAGAUGAAUUCGGAGUUUGGGACCAUAAAGACUGUCCUUAUGAGAAGCUAUGAUGGUUUACCUUAUCACCUCAAGUCAUGUUUCCUAUAUAUGCCCAUCUUUCCUGAAGAUUACAAGGUUGGACGGGGACGCUUGGCACGUCGGUGGAGUGCAGAGGGUUACUCAAGGGAGGUACGCGGCAAGUCUGCAAAGGAAAUAGCGGAUAGCUACUUCUUGGAACUUAUAAGCAGGAGUAUUAUCCUACCAUCUCAACAAUCAAUUCAUAGCAGAAAAGGAAUUAGUUCCUGCCAAGUCCAUGAUCUUAUCCGUGAAAUUGGUAUCGCAAAGUCCAUGGAAGAAAAUCUUGUUUUUACACUCGAGGAAGGUUGCAGCUCAAAUAGCCAGACCACUGUGCGCCACUUAGUUAUAAGCAGCAACUGGAAGGGAGAUAAGAGUGAGUUUGAGAGCAUGGUGGACAUAUCCCGUCUGCGGUCAGUUACAUGUUUUGGAGAGUGGAAGUCAUUUUUUGUUUCUGACAGGAUGAGGUUGUUAAGAGUGCUGGACUUAGAAGACACAACAGGUGUAUAUAGUCAUCACCUAAAGCAUAUUGGGAUGCUUCUUCACCUAAGAUACCUUUCUCUAAGAGGAUGUGAUGAUGUUUCUCACCUGCCAGAUUCAUUAGGCAACCUGAGACAGCUUGAGACACUAGACAUUAGACAAACCCUAAUACUGUUGCUGCCAAAGACAAUCAUCAAGCUUCGGAAGCUAAACAAUCUUCAUGCUGGCAGGCUUUCGGUGGAUGAGGUGGUCUCAAUCGAUGAUGAGUUUGUACAUGAGUUUCCACGGGGCACCCAAAAUAGGCCAUGUCUUUUUUGUCUCAUGCCGCUGCUUUCUUGUAUAGCGUGUUGUGCACCUCAAUGUGUGUUUCAUGGUGGUAACUUCAGCCACCGUGAUGCAUGCAGAUUAUAUUGCUGUCUUCUAUUGCCUGCUAUUGCAAUUCGCCUGGACUUGUAUGGUGUUCUAUUGCCAAGAGGGAUGAGGAAACUGAAAGCCCUGCGCACACUGGGUGUUGUGAACAUCGGACGACGCGGAAAGUAUGCUGUACAGGACAUAAAAGAACUCACCCAGUUGCGCAAGUUGGGAGUGACUGGCGUCAAUAAGGAAAACGGACAAGAGUUGUGUUCAGCAAUUGUUGGUCUCACACGCAUGGAGUCAUUGUCAAUCCGGUCAGAGGGGGAGCCAGGUUUAUGUGGCUGCUUGGAUGGAAAGUUCUCGUUUCCGGAGACAUUGCAGAGCCUCAAGCUGUACGGCAACCUGGUCAAACUGCCGGAAUGGGUCAAGGGGCUCAAGAAUCUGGUGAAGCUGAAGCUGCGGAGCUCCAGGAUACUAGAGCAUGAUACAACAAUACAACUCCUUGGUGAUUUACCAAACCUGGCGUUCCUACAUCUGUUGAAGAAGUCGUUCCAGCACGGUGAUGAGGUUUGUCUCAGUUUCCAUCGGGACAUGUUCCCAAGCCUGGUGGUGCUGGAAUUGGAUCUCAUAAAGAACCUCAAAUUGGUGAAGUUUGAAGAAGGAGCAACCCCAAAGCUGGAGCUGCUGAAGUUUCGAACUUGGGAUUCUGAACUCAGCUUCGUUCAGCUUUCCGGGCUACCAUAUCUCUCGAGCCUCAUGGAAGUUGUGCUCCAAGGUCUCUAUCAUGGCUAG